ACUUGCGGUAACUACGGGCUUCUGGAGCCUGGCCACCUCCGGCCCCUGAACCCUGUCCCCAAACGGGGACUGUCGGGCCUGCGGGCAGCUGCGACCGCUCUGGGGCGCUGACGCUGCGCAGCUCUGACAGAGCUACCCCGCCGCCCCGCCCCGGUGAGAUAGCCUGAGCUCCUCCCCGUCAUCUCCUUCCUCCCCCUGCGGGUCACAUCUCCGGGAACCCAGCCCAAGCCCUGCCUCCCGGACACACUGACGCUCACGUAGUUUGCUUGUGGCCGGCCCUGCCACAGACUUCUCCAAUGCAGCCAGCGAGCUGGGGAGGGGGCUUCUCUCGGCCCAACAGGGUUCUAGCCUCCUCUAACUCCAAAUGAUGGCUGUGGAUAUAGAGUGCAGGUACAACUGCAUGGCCCCUUCCUUGCGCAGAGAGAGGUUCGCCUUCAAGAUUUCACCAAAGCCCAGCAAGCCUCUGAGGCCAUGCAUUCAACUGAGCAGCAGGAAUGAAGCCAGUGGGAUGGUGGCCCCCUCCAACCAAGAGAAAAAGGUGAAAAAGCGGGUAUCCUUCGCAGACAACCAAGGGCUGGCUCUGACAAUGGUCAAAGUGUUCUCGGAAUUUGAUGACCCGCUAGAUAUUCCAUUUAACAUCACCGAGCUCCUAGACAACAUUGUGAGUCUGACGACAGCAGAGAGUGAGCGCUUUGUUCUGGAUUUCUCACAGCCUUCUGCAGAUUACUUGGACUUCAGAAAUCGACUUCAGACCCACCACGUAUGCCUUGAAAAUUGCAUGCUGAAGGACAGAGCAAUUGCGGGCACGGUGAAGGUUCAGAACCUUGCCUUUGAGAAGAUGGUAAAAAUAAGAAUGACAUUUGACACUUGGAAAAGCUUCACAGACUUCCCCUGUCUGUAUGUGAAGGACAUGUAUGCUGGUUCAGACAGGGACACCUUCUCCUUUGACAUCAACUUACCUGAGAAAAUUCAGUCUUAUGAACGAAUAGAGUUUGCUGUGUGCUAUGAGUGCAAUGGACAGACAUACUGGGACAGCAACAAGGGCAAAAACUAUAGGAUCAUCCGGGCUGAGUUAAAAUCCACUCAGGGAACAGCUGAGCCCCAUAAUAGACCUGACUAUGAAAUAGCCUUCGACCAGUUUGGAAGCCCUCGGUGUUCCUACGGUCUGUUCCCUGAGUGGCCUAGUUACCUAGGAUAUGAAAAGCUAGGGCCCUACUAUUAGCUUGUGAAGCCUAGCUUUCAGUCGUGGUGGGAUGGAGAAGUCACAAGCAAACCUAAACUGCUGUUAGGCCCAGGAUUUGGAAAGAAAGGACGACCCUUGUCACUUUUAUCUUAGACCAGCAAAUUUAGCCAGGUUUCCAUCACAGACCUGGCUCCACACUGAGAGUAAAUGCUGUGUGCUCUCCUACUGGGCACCAGCCAAAGCUGCUGAGCAUGUGAACACAGUGCCAAGAUCUGGCUAGAACCCAGGCUGCAGGCAAUGCUGGUGAGGCUGGAGUACUGGGGCUGAAAAGGGGGUGACGACCCCAGUGUGCUGGUACCCACCUGCCUUGAAGAGCCACCCCAGGAUGUGGCACAUCACCUCAAGUCACUCCAUUCCUAGCCACCUCCCACUGGACUCUGUCUCUGUGUGUCCUUCCCCCGUGUCAGGCCCUUCCUGCCUAUCGCCGCUGUUCUGUGCCUACAUGUAGUUCAUUCUUCCCCUCUGCAUUUUUGCAUCAUGUUUUCUUGCAGUCUGCCUGAUGUUCAGGAAAAGAUCAUACAAGCAGAUUCAUCCAUGACAGAAAGAGACAGCAACUCUUUCUGACAACACACAGAGCAUCACAUCACAGAGAGCACUGCACCAGUGAUGGGAAGGCAGGGGCUCUCAUGUGGUGCUCAAGAUCACAAGCUUAGGACCAGGCAGGGUUGGGGAAUUGGGGGUGAUGUCAGAUUUUCCUCUUGGCUUUUAGGGAAGCUUUCAAAGUACUCUUACCCUGAGUCAUCAGCUGGCUCAACUACAAGAUUUGUUUUAACUUGUUUGGUUGGUUUGCAGGUGUCUUGUUCUUCACAAAAGGUGUUUGGGUCUCCUUUCCUGGAGAGUCACCCUUGACUGGCAUCCAGUGUACUGUCAGAGCCUUUAGAAAAUGUUUGGUGUUAUUUUGACUGUGAUUUACAGUGUCAAGAACACUUUCCCAGCACCCGGGGACUUGGGCUUGAGUGCUCUUAUUUAUGAUCUGUAUUUGUAUAGGGAUCAGGGAGGAAAACUUCACCAAGUUCUCGUAACUGAGGUUUUUGGAAGUAUCAGAGAUGAACUGUUCUUAACCAUAUUGGACUGAAAAGCUAAAAGUCAUUGGUUCCUCCUGUUAUGAGACUCCUAGGACUUUCAUUGUCAGAUGAAACUCUGUGAUUUAUCUGGGGCAUGAUGGGUUUGUAUGGAGGGAAGUGAUUAAAAAAUGUUGUUACAUAUGUAUUUGUAGAAGGAUGGAUGUCUGGGGUUUUUGUUUGUUUGUUUGUUUGUUUUGUUUUUUGAGUUUGUGAAGCAUCUGACUCGUUUUUCUUAUUAAAGUGAGGUUUUCCUACUGGAGGCUGAAAGCGGGAUGCAGAGCUGCCUGGGUUUGAGGCUACAACUACUGAGCCCUGCAAGCAGAGUUUGAUUUUGUUUGUAUUUUCUAGAUCAAUUAGAAAAUCCCUCCAACUUCAAUGACUUUGUAAUUCAGUGUCAGACGGGUAUGGAGUGCCUUCACUCUUGCAGCAAUUUUCUGAUUGUUGGAUAUUCUUUUGAAGUUUAAAAUAUUCUGCCUUUUAAAUGUUCUUAUGCAAUGUUUGGUGUAAUUCUCCUAGAACUGGCUGUGACUAGUCUGCAAUCUGGUGCUUUACUUUUGGGGGUUUCCCUCCAAUGGAAAACAUUCUGAGGUUAUAUGACAAUAUAACUUAUGGGGUGAUCACAUUUUUGUCUUAUGCUAAAAUUGGGCAGAACUGUUUUUUCUGUAUGUAACUUUUGUCAGAUAGACAGACAAUACUUUUAGUAUUAUCUAUCAGAACUACUUAUAGUGUAGGUCUAAAUUAAAUGGAAGUAAAACCAGUUCUAUGUAAAUUAUGAAUUGAAGAAGCCGCUUCCUCCUCUUGUAAUGCAAGAAAGUUACAAGGUGUACUGUCAUUUACAUAUUUCAGACUAAGUAUAACAUGACCAUUCUAUGUUCAUAAGAAAGAUGCCUAGAGUGACUUUAGGGAAAAGCCUGUUGGCUUUAUUGUAGUAAGACAUUCUUGUGUUAUAAUUUGAAUUACGGUAAUUUGGUGAUUAAUAGUCCUUCUAAAGCAGCCAUAAAUCAUCUUCCUCACCUUCUUGCCUUCUUGACUCCCAGUUCUCCACAGCUUUUUUUUUUUUUUUUUUUUUUCCAUUGGGGCACUGGUUACUGGUCCCUGGCAUAUGCAGCUAGGACACUUACUCAAUUCACCAGGCAAGUUCCUGUCCACAUAAAAAAGCCUUUUCUGACUGAGGAAUCUGGCUCCCCAUCAGUGUUUUCCUUCACAAACAUAGCAGUUUGCUUUACCAAUCUGUCUUUCUCCUUUUGCCUUGGUUCAGUCUCAGGAUAUCAUCAGGUGGCAUUGGGAACUGCUUCAGUGGGGCCUCUCCUUAUGUCAUACAUAGCUCACUGUCAGUAGGUAGUGAAUGUUGCACACUUGAGACAGUGACAAGUGUCUGUGUUGGAGACUUCUCAGCAGUCUGACUUAGAGAUUCCACCCUCAGAGAGGCCUUGGUUUAUAGAACAAAAGGCCACUAUCCUGGCAUUCUUUUCAAGUUUUCCUUAAAGGACUAGCUUCCUGCCACUGACAUUAGCUGACCAAGAAUGGGGAAGCUGCCUUAUUUAUUAUUAUCAUUUUAUUUUUUGGUUUCGUAUUUGAUCCCCCAAAUGCCCUGAGGGAACUUUGCAAAUUAGGUGAAAUAAAUUAGUUGGACAUCUAUAAAAAUAUGUAAUGCAUAAGCCUUCAGUGUUUGUUUUUUUUCUUCCCUCCUCUUGCCUCGGCUAUCAGUGUUUUUCCAUUUGAGUGAAUAUCUUUUCUUUGUUUUAAAAUAUUUUUGUUAUGGAAAGCUGAUUAUAAAAAAUGAAGUUAUGUAGCUUUCUAGACAUUAAAACAAGUUUAAGAUGAUAGUAGAAUUUGUUCUAAGAUAUAAUUUUGAUAGUGGCAAAGCAUUACUCUUUCAACAUGUUUUUUAAGAGAUGUAGUAAAUAAAUUUCAAAUUGCUAAAAGAGUGCUUUGUAUUUUUGGUCUCUGCAUGCAACUUGCUUUUUAAAAAAAAAAAAAAAAACCAGGCAUAUCUGGUAGUCACUUGGAUAUUAAAUGAGUUAUAACUACAUUUGUAUGUUUAUAAGCAAAAUUAAAAGUGUGUGCUCAUUUUUUUUUUAAAGAAGUAUCCAUUUUCUGGGUCUUCCCUCUCAAUAGACAGUGAGUGGAAACCUUGGUUGGCUUUCAUCUGUUACUACUGUUGUAAUUCCUCGAUUGCAUGUGGUUUAUCAGAGAAGGCUUGCACUUCUUUACUCUGAGAGGUUCUGAUCUACUUACCUGUCUCUUCUGAUACAAUCACUGGAGUUGGGGAUAAAAAGUUACCACGUAUAAUGGGAUCUUACAGGAUCAUCCAAAGGCAGUUUGGCAGCUUAUCUUCAUUUUUCUGAAGUGGGAAACAUCUGGGACCAGCCAAGGUGGGUGGGUGUGGUUAUGGCACCUCUUCUGUGUUAUGACUGUAAAGCAUUCAGCCCCAGUUGUAAAGCUGUGAGGAUUUUUGCAAUUCUGUUUCUCAUUUCCUAGAGAUUAUCAGAGCUUUGAGGACUCCAGGAAAUGCAGCUGUGGUGAUGUGGUUUCACUUUUACUUCAGUGUGAAUGUAGAACCCAAGACUUUGUUCAAUGCCUACAAGUGCCUUGUCAAGGAAUUUCCAAAGGCUUUGAAAAACAAGUAUUUUUUUUUUUUUGUGCACAUUGUUAAAGGGGAAAUGCACUUUAAAAAUCACAAGAAUGGAUAUAUGUCACAUGGUGUAAGAAAAUGGUUUUGUAUGCCAGGUGGAAAAAAAUGUAAUAAAGAUAGAACAAAGCUGAAA